GAGGACGCUGCAGAAAACAUACCUGCAACCAACAUUCCGGUGGAGGAUCCUGCAAAAGACUCACUGCCAUCCCCCGGACACCCAGAGGAUCUGCGGCAGCGGGUCGAAGGGCUUGAGCGACUGGUGCUGGAUUUGCAGGUAUCGCUGCGGGCAAAGGAAAGUGCUCUUCAAGAUUGGGAAUCUCGGUUUCAGGUAACAGGCAAAGAAAAUGGCGAGCAGUAUGAGCAAGAGAAGCAGAGGUCAAGCCCUGACUCAAUGCAACGGGAACUUGUGACCUUGCGCCAAAACAACUUGACUCAGAAGGAGUUGCUGGGUCAACUUCAAAGUAAGCUGGAGGUGCAUCAUCGCAAGGCCGCUGAAUGUGAGGCCGUUUUACAAGAAGCUAGCAGCAUGGAACGGCGCAACAAGGACUUUGGUGAUUUGCUUGCAUCGCUGCAAUCAAAGGUAAAAGAAAUGAAGGCAGAGAAAUCUGACGGAGCUGCUUUGCCCAAGACAGGAGCUCACAAAGAUGCCCCGAGCGAGCUUGCCCAGGAGCAGGAGAUGACUUGGUUCUUCUCUCCAUUUUCCCUGCGUCACCCCCCCAAAAAAGAAAACCUUUGCGGAGAGCACAGAUAAGAAUCAGAAGGCGCCAAGAAUUGCCCCUCCAGAUAUGGGCCUUUGGCGCUUUUCGCAGGCUGAAACAAAGCUGGUAGCUGUCAUCGGCGGAACCGUACAGGUCGCACCUGCAGCUCCACAGCGUGAUUGGUUGAAUUCUUUUUCAUCCUCAAGCAGGGAGACUGCUCCACCCGUGCAUCUCAAUGAGCAAGCCGGCAUGGUUGCCCCAAAACCUGCUGAGGCUCGAGUGCGGUCAUCAUCCCCCCACACAUUUCCCUUGCUUCGGCGGCCGGGGUCGCUGCUAGUGCAAGGCACUUCACCACGGCCUUUGUCGCCCUCACCUUCACCUCGUCCAAGAUCGCCCAGUCCAAAUCUCCUUCCCACACCGCGGGUGCUUCAGAACUGUGUGAACGUGGCGAAUGGUGUCAAACCGUCCCUUCGAACUGGCUCUCCUCACGUGUCGAGUCGAGCGGCUUCUCCUCCGGUGCCUUCUCAAGUGCCUUCUCCACGACCAAUGGCUUCGAGGCCGCUGAUGUGGCAGGCUCCACAGCCAGUUCCUGGCGGGGAAGCUUCUCUUGGAAGGAUGCAGGCUCAGCCUUGGCACUCUUGGCAACCCCCCAGACAGCAAUCGCCACCACGACCUAGGCCCGAAGCACCUCUCCAAAUUCAGCGGCCUUUGCCCCAAUUCCCUCAAAAGCCUCAGCUCCAGGCCACGGCCACAGCGGUGACUGCCAGUCCUUUUGUAUCCCCUCACUGCCACGGCGGUCCCAGAUUGAUCGCGACACCGAUGCGAAGGAUGCCUCCAAGCUUGGCAACAUCCCAGGAUACUCCUCGUACACAACCAAGACAAACACCAAGGCCAAUCCCAACACCUCAGCAGAUACAGGCUGUCACACCGUUACUCGCACCUGUUACACCAGUGCAGACUCAGAGGGGCACGGUGCAGCCGCCCUUUCCGCCGUUUAUCAUUGCCCAACACAACCUGAAGACCCAGAUUCCGUGCAUUUCUUUGCGAGCAGGUACUCCUACCUCAAGAGUUCCACUACAUUCGCAAGUCGUUCGAGAACAGCCACCAAAUGGACCAAGUGUCUUAGGUGACCUCACCAAAGACGACAGGCCCUCUCGUGAAGGUAGCUCUAUGCCGGAGAAGCUUGGGGAUGAGGACCGUGAGCUGGCCAGAGUACCUGCGCCGGCAACACCUCCAACACCGCUGGUCCCCUUCGCACCCUCCGUCCCAGCAUGGGAAAAGAUGACUCCAAGACGUGUGCCGCAAGUGCAAGUCUGAGAGCCUUUGAUCCCUGGGAGCGCCAAAGUACGCGCUCUCAAUAGUUAAGCGGCAGCGAAAAAAGCAAUCUAUCCCA